ACUACGACUGCGGCUUCUCUGCUGCGCCAGCAGGAGGGCUACGCGCAGAAGUAUGGCUACAGGCAGCGCUCUUGGAUUCUGCCUCCCGGCGACUUUCGGCAGCUCUGCGACAUGCGCGCACCGCAGUGGGCCAAGAUAGCAUUGCUGCGCCGGUUGAUGCGAGAAGGGAGUUCCGACUUGCCAAGGUGGCUUGUGUGGCUGGAUGCCGAUGCCAUUUUGCUGAACUUCCACAAACCCUUGGAGGACUUCGUUGAGAGCAACUUCGAUCUGAUUCUGGCCGAAGACAUGUCGUGCGCGAGUGAGAUCAACACAGGAGUCAUGUUCGUUCGGGCCGCCUCUACAUGGGCCUUGCAGCUCUUUGAUGAGGUCUGGGAACGAGCAGAUCAUCAUUUACACCAUGGCAUUUUCCAUGAGCAAACGGCCCUCUGUGCCCAGCUUUGCCCCCGUGCCGUGCGAGAAAAGGAUCUGCCCUGGUGGAGUUGGCAGGGCGGUGCACGGCGGAAGGUCUUGCAAAAGAAAGUCUUGGUCUUGGACUGCGGUCUCUUGAACUUCAAGGCUCCCGAGCAGCGGCCCUUCGCUGUCCACCUGGUGGACGACCACCGUCGCCGCGGCGGUCCCAGCAAGAAAGAACGCGCGGAAGCGCUGCUGUCCGCGGGCUGGGGGAGGGGCUGCACGGCAGUGUCUACCGAGCCACCCUCGAACUAUGCUGCGCUAAAUGAGGCCCGUGCCUUCUGGAACGCCUCGCGGAAACAUCUUGAAACAACAGAGGGUGGGACAGGUGGCACAGGAUGGCCCGGCCGGCAGAUUUCCAGAUCCGCAAGCGAUGAGCUGCCGCUGGUGCUUGAGAACGCUCUGGUGGCGUGGACUCCUUGGACCUUGAAGCAGCUGUCCUCGCGGGACGAUGUGGUGCUGCUGUCGCCCUUCGGCCCCUACCGUCCCUUCGAUGGUCCCAAGCAGCGCCGAGCGCGGCUCUGGGAGUUCUGUCGCUAUGUGCAAGGAGCGAUGCCGCCUCACCACGACUUCCUGACAGGGGAUGGUCCCUCUUGGCAGCUCACUUGGCGUCCGCCACAAGCAUUGCCGCGCUUGGCCGAAGUCAACGAUUUACUGAGAAGCGAGGCGCUGCCUGAAGAGUGGGCCGAACUUUGGGUGGCGCCACUGGGCGCCCUUCGUCGCUUCGACCACUUGGCUGAGGAGACGGAGUUGCUAGUUGCCCCACUCGACGGCCUCGUAGACGUUGCCGUCACGGACCGUCCGCCGCAGGUUGCAUCUCCUUGUGAUGCCGAUGCUGAUCUCCAAAGCGCCCGACUCUCACCCGGCGAUACCCUGCACCUACCGCGCAACGCCUACUUCGCGCUGAAGGCUGCCAGGCGAUUUCGUAACGUGCAUGGCAGUGCUAUGGCCGGGCCAGGACUCCGCGGCGCGACCGCGGAACGCUUCGUUUCAGGCUGCGUUGGUCGCCUCGCCAUGGCUCUGCCCAGUCCGCAGAUUCCGGAGGAGAUGGCGGCCUUCGAUGAGGAGGAGAACGAGGUGCGCGGCACGUUGGUCUUCAAACCGCCCGUGGAGAUCCUGCCGAAGACGCGGCGCACCGAGGAAAUGCAGCGCAAGAAGCUGGAACUGCUGAAGAAGCGGAAAGAAGAUGCAGAGAAGCUGCUCAAAGAAAAGGAACAGAAGGAAAAGGAGAAACGACAGCAGGAGAUGCAGGUGAAGAAGGAAAAACAACGCCUGGAACUGCAAAAGAAGGAACAAGAACGCAAAAGGAGGGAAGAAGAAGAGCAGCGGAAGAAAAAGGACGGCGGCUUAGAUCGACUUCUGCACUCCCUGUUAGACAACAUCAGCGCCCCGGACAUCACAGCCUGCGGCAUCGACCUAAACCCGGCGCGGCUGCGGCUGCUGUGUAAGAAUCUCUCGGAAAACACGUCCUGUCGCUCCAUCGAUCUGAACCGCAAGGGACUCAUCGAGGAGGACGGCGACAGUUUGGCCGGGAUGUUGGAGAAGAACAAAGGUCUCUUGAAGUUGGAAUGUGAGGGGAACAACUUGGGCGUCCAAGCGGCCGAAAAGAUAGGAGAAGCCUUGAGAAAGAAUGACACCUUGAGGUCCCUGAAUUUAGAAAGCAACAACCUCACGGCCAGUGGCGGCGAUCAGAAGGGCAUCAUCAAACUGGCGGAUGCGUUGCAAGAGAACAAAUCCCUGCGAGUCUUGAUGCUCUCCAAGAACGGCAUCACUCAGCAGGCGGGGGAAUAUUUCGCCCGCGCCAUCGAAGCGAAUGACACUUUGACGCUGGUGGACUUGUCCGGCAACGAUGCUUCGCCCUCCGUGGAGCAGCUGCGGCGCAUCGACGCCGUGGUGCAGCGCAACCGGGAACGCCUCAGCACCAUUCGGCGCAACGAGCGCCGGGAACGCUUCGCCCUGUACAACGAAGAGUUCAGGUGCCGUCAGCACGCCAUGCAAGUGGAGGCCAUGCGCUUGGAGAUUGAAGCCAUGCAGGAGCGUCGUCUGAACCGAAUGAAGGCCCGUAGCGAGAGGUGGGUCGAAGAGAUCCUGGACCUGAAGGAAGACGAGCGACGCAAGCAGGAGGAGCUCUCCGAGGAGGCGGCGCUGCGUGCGGAGACCAACAAGUCCAAGGGCAAGAAGAAGCGCAAGUGACGCCGCCCUUGGGUCGUUCCGGAGAGGAUGGGCAGAGCCCAUGGCCAAAUCUAUGGGAUGUUUCACAGGA